UAUAACGCUUACUCCGCCAAUAGACGUUGUAAUAAUACGUCGUUUUGGCUGUAGAGUUUUGUGUUAGUACAUCUGCUCAGUAAAUUAGCUUCCAAUCCAUUAUCUAUUAGGGCUGUGUGUUUUUUAACGUAAAGGAAUGGCAGCCGUGAACAAGGAUGACAGAUUGACAGGUUCUCAAAGUUUUCUGUGUGUCGGGUUUGCAGGGAUUUUUAGCAAAACCGUCACCUCGCCCCUUGAGGUGGUGAAAAUUUUGAGCCAGGUGGGAACUUUCCACUGCAAAUAUGGCUUUAUGCGCACCUUUCUUCUCAUUUAUCAGCGUGAAGGUUUUCGGGCAUUUUGGAAAGGAAAUUCGGUUUCCUGUCUGAGAUUGUUCCCAUAUAGUGCCAUACAUCUGGGAACCUACAAAACGUUUAUCCACCUCUACAUGGAUGAGCUUGGUCGUAUUUCCCAGUGGAAGGCCAUAGUGACUGGUGGUCUAGCAGGUAUAUCUGCUGCUCUGCUUACAUAUCCCUUAGAGGUGGUUGAAACCAGGAUGAUUGCCCAAAACUGCAGAGAAUCCACAUAUCGGGGUGUGCUGCACACUCUUUCCAGCAUAAAACGACAUGAGGGGUUCCUUUCUCUUUACCGUGGCUUUUCUCUUACUAUAUUAGGUGCAGUUCCUUUCUCGAUUGGCUGCUAUGUAGUUUUUAUUAACUUGGAUAAGCUGUGGCAGGAGCACCACUUUCGAUUCACCUCUUUGCAAAACUUCAUCAAUGGCUGUCUUGCUGCGGGAGUGGCUCAGUCUCUCUCUUUCCCUUUUGAUACAAUUAAACGGAAGAUGCAGGCGCAGAGUCCAUAUCUGCCACACUGUGGAGGAGUCGAUGUCCAUUUUAAUGGGAUGAUAGACUGCUUCAAGCAGGUCAUCAAAACCAAGGGUGUCUUGUCCCUGUGGAGUGGCAUUACAGCCAACAUGCUUAAGAUCAUCCCUUACUAUGGCCUGCUCUUCAGCUGCUUUGAGAUGUGUAAGCAAUUCUGUCUUUACCAAAAUGGCUACACCGUGUCUCCAUUGAGCUAUAAACUCAAACCAGGAGUGGACCAAAGCCUGGGCCCAGAAGAACUGCAAGAGUUUAAGCGCUACCUGAGAAACCGACAGAUACAGGCCCAAAGUUCAUCAAUGGGUAAUCGUUGGCAAACCUAAUCAUAUUAUAAUCAAAUACCUAUAAGAAAAACGAGGAGUUUUACUAUUUUAUUGUGUAAAAAGAACACUGUUUGCUGAAGCACUUUCUCUGGUGUUGACAUUUCUGCUUAAACUAUACAACCACUUUUAAAUAUACUUAGUUAAACAGAUUAAUACACUUGAAUUCACCUGAAGUUCUGUUCAAUACAUGUAAGAAAGAACAUUUGGUUCUAAAGUGCAAGUUACAACACUUUUACUGCUUUGAAUGACACUGCUGACACACAAUAGUAUGCACAAAGUGUUCUGUAUGGUCGAUGCUGGGUAAAUAUUGAAGGUAUUUAGUAAACAGUAUGGACAUCCUGAGAAUUGAUCUCGUGCAACCUUUUUAAGACCUUGUAGAUCCUUUGUAACAGUACUCACUGCUAAAAGUUAAGAAAUGUAUUAUUACAUUCAUUACUGUAUUUAGUAUGCCAUGUAACAGAUAAUGAUUUUAUGCUUUAAUGGAAACACAACCCUAUUUCCUUCGAUACCUCAUAAAUACCUGAGAGUGGUAAAUAACACUGUGACAUCUUUCAGACAGUAUUAAUCAAUAUUAAUAUUGUAUCAAUAUUACUGUGGUGGAAAAACAGGUGCUGGUUUUUAAAAAAAUGUCUGAGACAUAUCACUGGCCAUUUAAGUGACUCUCAGGAUAGACUAUUUCAGUGCCUUCAAACAAUUCAUGAAUACAAUUACUUUUGUUAUUUUAAAUGUACUUCUUAUUUAUGUGCAAUAAAGGUUUGUUUUGUUUUUUUUUUUUACAAAAAAAUACAAAACAUUUGUAAAAUCGUUUUAUUUAUUACAAUGAAUAAUUGUAAAUGCUGUGGUAUGAAAAACAUAUUUUAUUUCUGUUUAUACAUUAAACUCAUCUAUGGUC